AUGCCGUUAGCCGGACACCUCGUGGAAAUGGGCAUGAAGAACCAUGAAAUAGUUCCUGCUAGCUUAAUUGCUUCCAUUGCCAGCCUUAAACAUGGUGGCUGUAAUAAAAUUUUGAGAGAGUUGGUGAAGCACAGACUUCUAGCUUAUGAACGAACUAAAACUGUCCAGGGUUAUCGGUUAACUAAUGCAGGAUAUGAUUACCUUGCUUUGAAAACUCUGUCUUCCCGACAAGUCAUAAAUUCUGUUGGUAACCAGAUGGGUGUUGGCAAAGAAUCAGACAUUUAUGUUGUUGCAAAUGAAGAGGAGGAACAGUUUGCACUGAAAUUACAUAGGCUAGGAAGAACUUCCUUCCGCAGUCUGAAAAAUAAACGUGACUACCACAAGCACAGACAUAAAAUGUCAUGGCUGUAUUUAUCCCGUCUAGCAGCGAUGAAGGAGUUUGCCUGUAUGAAGGCUUUGCAUGACAGAAAAUUUCCUGUUCCAAAACCUGUAGACUACAACAGGCAUGCAGUUGUUAUGGAACUUAUUGAUGGCUACCCUUUGUGCCAGGUACGCCAAAUGGAAGAUCCUGCCUCUGUCUACAGUGAAUUAAUGGAUCUAAUUGUAAAACUUGCCAAUCAUGGUUUGAUUCAUGGUGAUUUCAAUGAAUUUAAUCUUAUAUUGGAUAAUUGUGACCAUGUCACUAUGAUUGAUUUCCCUCAGAUGAUAUCAACAUCACAUGCAAAUGCUGAAUGGUAUUUUGACAGAGAUGUUAACUGUAUCAAGGAGUUCUUUAAGAAACGCUUCAACUAUGAGAGUGAGCUCUUCCCAGCAUUCAAAGACAUCAGGAGAGAGUAUUCUCUUGAUAGAGAGAUUGCUGCCAGCGGCUAUACAAAAAAAAUGCAGGAAGAUGGUGAACUGCUUUACCCACCAGGUUCUGAUGAGGAUGAUAAUGCAACAGAGGUAUCAGAAUUUGUAGAAGAUGCUGAGAUUAAGCUCAACUUCUUCAGCAAAGAUAAAGAAGACAAUGCAGACUUAAUGUAUGAAGUGGGUGAUUUCUCUGAAAGCAGAAUCUCUAAUGACUUUAUGUGUAGCAACGAAGAGGCUGAUACAACUGAAAGUAGUGAAGAUACACAGAGACUGAAUAUGUUAAAGUUGACUUCAGCGUUAGAAGAAGUUGAAGGGCAAGCUAUGCUUUGGAAGUCUGGUGAAGAUGCAGGGAGUUCUGCAAUUGCUUUUUUUGAGGGCAAAAGCGUAACUGAAAAUGCUGCUGAAGUAAAAAAUCAGACAGGUCAAGAAGAGUGCUGUAACGAUACAGAGCAUGGAGAUAAAUGCUCUGAUGUGGUUGACUUGUCAACUUUAAAUGAGAAAUUCAGGCAUUACAGAAAUGAAGACAGUAUCGUUCAUAUUGCUCAGCACAGAACAAGGACUGAAAGCAUCACCUCAGACAGAAGUGUUGGGACCUGUUCAACCAUUCCAGCGGAACUGGUGAAAAAGAAGAUAAAACGUCAACUGACGAAACAUCAAAAGUCUGCUCUGAGGCAACGUCUGCAGAAAGGAGAGGCAAAUAUUUAUACCAAACAGCGUCGAGAAAAUAUGCACAACAUUAAGUCAAGCUUGGAUGCAGCUAAUUUCUGGGGAUAA